CAGGACAGGGAGAUCGGUGGUCCCACUGCUGCACUGCGAUUUUGUUGCUGUCCUCUAGUCUGCCUCCCCUGCAUGACUAUCAUUGUGAGUUGGCCAGAGAGGGGAGUCAAGAGCUCGGUGAUCACUCGAUGCUGUUCAAUUUUUCAAGAUGUCGUCGCUGGAACAGAGGCUCUCGAGAAUCGAGGAGAAACUAAAACAAGAGAAUAAUGAUGCUCGCCGGAGGAUCGACCUUAAUAUAGACAUGAGUCCACAGCGAUCACGUCCAAGACCAAUCAUCGUGAUCCAGCUCUCUCCUGCUCCAGCCCCCUCCCAGCGUGCAGCGCUCCAGCUGCCCCUGACCAACGAUGGGGGGAGCAGGUCGUCGUCCUCGGAGAGCUCGCCCCAGCACCACCCCAGUCGCCCCCGCAACAUGCUCAACCUGCCCACGCCCCAGUACGUCCUGCAGAAGAGCCUGGAAAAUGCGGAGAUUGACCAGAAGCUUCAGGAGAUCAUGAAACAGACGGGCUAUCUAAAGAUCGACGGUCAGCGCUAUCCAGCUGAGGUAUCAGACCUGAUCAGCGAGGGCGAGAUUGGCAGUGGAACUUGUGGUCAGGUCUUUAAGAUCAGAUUCAAGAAAACGGGCCACGUCAUCGCAGUCAAGCAAAUGCGUCGCACUGGAAACAAGGAUGAGAACAAGAGGAUCCUGAUGGACCUGGAUGUAGUGCUGAAGAGUCACGACUGUCCGUACAUCAUUCAGUGCUAUGGCGCCAUAGUUACCAACACGGAUGUGUUCAUCGCCAUGGAGUUGAUGGGAACGUGUGCUGAGAAGCUGAAAAAGAGGAUCCAGGGGCCGAUGCCGGAGCGCAUUCUGGGAAAAAUGACUGUGGCGAUCGUGAAGGCGCUGCUGUACCUGAAGGAGAAGCACGGCGUGAUCCACCGGGACGUGAAGCCCUCCAACAUCCUGCUGGACGACAAGGGCCAGAUCAAACUGUGUGACUUUGGCAUCAGCGGGCGGCUGGUGGACUCCAAGGCCAAGACACGCAGCGCCGGCUGUGCUGCGUACAUGGCACCUGAGAGAAUAGACCCUCCAGACCCCAGCAAGCCAGACUACGACAUCCGGGCCGAUGUGUGGAGCUUGGGCAUCUCUCUGGUGGAGCUAGCCACAGGACAGUUCCCUUACAAGAACUGCAAGACGGACUUUGAGGUCCUCACCAAAGUGCUCCAGGAAGACCCUCCAGUGCUGCCUCACGGCAUGGACUUCUCCAACGACUUCCAGUCCUUCGUCAAAGACUGCCUCACAAAGGAUCACAGAAAACGGCCCAAAUACAACAAACUGCUGGAGCAUAACUUCAUCCGGCACUACGAGGUUCUGGAGGUGGACGUGGCCGGCUGGUUCCAGGCGGUCAUGGAUUGCACCGAGUCCCCCCGCAGCAGCCAGUGUUACAGCCACCAGCACCAGCUGACCUCGGUCUUCAGCAGGUAGCCUGGUCGGGCCUGGCCCUGGACAAGCUCAACAUCGGCCUCAGCCCAACGCUACCCGGGUUAGCUUCGGCAGGGCUAGCUAAGGCCAGGCCAGCUUAGGCAGGCCUUGCGUUGGCUUUGAGUGUUUAGCGCUAGCCUAGCCCAGUCUAGGCUUCGUCUUGGCCUACACUAGCCUAGACCGGUGUUAGCCAAGCCUAUCAUGAUCUUAGCCUAUCUUUUGGACCCUGGGGAGGGGUGUGUGUGGGGGGGGGGGGGGGGGAGCCGUGCGGUCCGGGUUGUGUUUGAGGAAAGAGGAGAGACUGAUGGAGACUGGAGAGUUGAGGCCUCCGGAUCAAUACAUGGACGGACGGAUCGGGUGGACGGACGGACAGGUGCAGCAGUAGAUCCCUUUAGGGUAUUUUAGGGUUUCAUUGGUGGUUUUGAUUUGUUUCAACUGGACAGGCCGACCUGGUAGGGGUGGAGGGGUCCUUUAGCUAGAUUAGACCGGUGUGUCAUCACACCUUUCUAACAGAAAAUGUACAGCACACUCACACUAAUCCGUAUAACUCACUGCACUGUUUUGUUUCUACACGUAAAUGUUCUCUCGCCGCGUGCAGACACGUACUCGUCUAUGUACUAGGGAUGUGCAUUUCUGGCAAAAAUACUAUUUCGAUAUUCGCUGAGAAGCAUUUCGAAAAUCGGUCGAUCAAGAACCCCCCCCCCCCACGCACGCACGCACACACCUCGUAUACACGCACACACAAUGACACAGGGGGAGGCUUUUAUGAUUUGUAUGAAAUCAAUCUGUUUAUUUCAACAACUGCGCCAUCAACAUUCAACAUUCAUCAAAAUUAUUUCAACGUGGGCUUAGGCAGAUAGGCCUACAUGCGCCGAAAACACAUCGCUAUUUAUUUUACUGAACACAGCCGGCAUGACGGUGAACUAGACACGUCUUUAGCAUAUGGAAACUAUGGCCAAAAAAAAUACUUCACACGGUGUGUCUUUUUACAAUUUAUUUGUUCCCAGCAUUCGUAGUGUUGGAUCAGCAGAGAAAUAGUCCGCCAAAGACGUUCACGUCACUUAGCAACCGAGGACGCUGGGGUUGACGAGUUACCCGACUACUUCUGGAGUGAUACGAUACGACUUUCCUUGACAGCGGUCAUUAUAUGCUUAGCAACAGUGAAUUAUCAAAAAGAUAUUCACCACCGGAAGUUGUGAAGGGCCCAUGCAAGUGAACGGAGCGUUCAACAGCAUUGAGAAGAGCCGUGUCAUAAAUAACCAAAGUCACGUUCAUUAUUCGAUAUUCUACGUGACUCUGACUAUUCGACGAUCGUUGCCCAUCCCUAGUGUGUACCACACCCUUUGAUCCAUUGCAUUGAAGGAUCGCAUCGCAUCGGUCAACAGCGUAGUCGGCAGACACUGGAACGGAGCCUCAGUGUAGAGUAGAGUGGAGAGGAACCUCUCCCCCCCACUGUGAUGGAGGACACACACGACCAGGAUAAGGUGUUACUAUGAGUCCUAUCGUGUGUGUGUGUGUGUGUUAUUCAAAGGCAGAUUAUGUAUUUUAUACAUCUUUUAUUUUACUCACUAUAACUAACUCAUGAGAACAACCAAUUACUUUUUUGUAGCCAAUAUUAACCUUGCACUUAAUAAUUAAACUGAAUUUCUGACAAAUAUUAACAUCCAUUAAUUUGUUACACGAUAUUAAGAAAUUAUGGAAAAUACAAAAAAAAUUGCAUUGCUUUGUAGUAGGUACAGUUGUGUAUGGGUUUCUUAUGGGUCAUUUUAUAAGUAUUAUUAUUAUUUAAAGCGACACAGAACUCAAAGAGGUUGGAGCGUUGGAGGUGUGGUGUAGAAGAAGAAGAGAGGACAAUGUUUAGCUAGCCCACCGUCCGGUUGGGCUAGUGCCAAGCUAAGCUAUAAGCUCCAAAUCUAUGGAGCACACAGUCCAGUAUUGACAGCUCAGUGGCAGUUAAGCUGUGGUGGGUCAUUCCAAAAUAAAAGCCCCCGUGAACAACACCAGGCAUAAUGCUGAUGUGAAGGAAUUAAACGUUAAGUGUAGGUCACCUUGGCUGGAAGCCUCAUCCCCGUGACCCAGUGAUUGGCAGUGGUGUUCAGAGGACGUUAAGGCUCCUCUACCGAGAGUGUUAACACCUGAGGUUGUAGUGUGUUCGGAUUAACCAAUGGGACAUGGCUACACCCAUGUUUUGGGUGUACUGUUGGUGUGGAACCUCUGGCCAUCCGACAGCGUGACCGCAGUGAGGUUCAGCCCCUGGUCGGUUCUCUGAGCUCUCUGGUGUUGCACCAAUGGAGUCCAUGGAGCUACUAACCUCCGGCACAGUCACCGCCAAAGUUGACCAGGGAGGACUCGGGAACCCGGAAACCAGAUCACCACUAGACACGGAGAGGGCGGGAGAGCCCAUGGAACAGGAAAGAACCAGUAAGAGGAUUCAGGGGGAGGGAGAGCAUAGCACGUUGACCAGUGGUAGAGAUGCGUCUAGCUUUGAGGAAGCUAACAUUGUCGAAGGGAAGGAGCCGUGUGAUGUCAGAGCAGAUGAUGCACCAGUCAAUAGGCUUAUGCACAGGACCCACGGGAUCCUUUUUAUACUAGAACUGGCUUUGGGUCCGUAACAGGAUGGACAUGCCUCUGAUAUUAUUCUAGGUGGUAGGCUUCCUUUUCGUAGAGCCUGACCUGUUUGAUGGGGCUCUUUGUGUGUUGAGGGGUGUUUUCUUCUGCCCCUUGCCUGACUGGUUCUGGUUUAUCAGGCUGCUGUAGCAUAGCGUUAUCCCAACUGGUGCAUCGGUGGACUGGAGGGAAUCAGAGAAGUUAAGGAAAGUAACAGAACGUCAGUGAAGGGUCUGGGACGGAGCGGCAGGGACAGGAUGUUGGACAGCAAGUGGUGGGGGAACGGAGAUAGGAAGUGGAAACGUGAUGGAUUCUGUGUUGCAGGAUACUUAAAAAAAAAAAAAAAAAUAGCUUUCAUGGUGUUACACCGACCUGAAGUGUAUGGCUUUAGGGAGUGAGAAUCAGUGUCUGUUUUAAUGUUU